GCGGCACCGCGCUCCCGGCCGCGCGGGGCCGCCCCCGCCUCGGGCGGUAGUCGGGCCGUUACCGGCGCCGCCCGGGCGGGGCGCAGCCUUGCGCACGGCGGUGCCCCGGGUGGCGGCAGUGCUCUCUCCACAUGCGGCUGGAGGCCCCGAGGCAGGCGAAGGCUUCGCAGUGUGUCGGUAAGGGUUACUCUGGAGCCGAUCGGCACAGAGGCUCCAGUUCCUUGUCACAGAGGAGGCUUGGAGGAAGAUUGUCGCGGAGGAGAACAGCUCUUUGUCCAUGUGAUCUUCUUGGAAAGCUUCAUCAUUAGCCCAGUUUGACCUGCAGCUGGAGCACCCCUUUUCACCCCUGUCUUUGAGGGCAAUGCUUUUCAUUUCUCCUGUCAUUUCCACGGGGAGGGCCUUUGCGUAACUCUGGCAACAAAUACUAUAGGACCACUACUGAUAGCUAAGUAUUUUGCUUCUUUAUUGAUGAAAGGAACUGAAGCAUUUGAACAUCAGUCUGCUGAUCAGACCAAACAACACAAAUCCAAAUUAGUCAACAUUACUGCAAAAGUGUGCUCCACUGGAGAAAAUGAUCAGCAAGUAGAUCUACAUGGCUGAACAGGUGCUAAGGUCAGCAGAACAGCAGGUGGAAAUGCUCAGGCAGUGGCGGAAGGGCAGGGCUGCUUCUCUUCUGUUUUAGGUGGAUGGUAUAGCUAGCUACAAGGAAUCUAAAGCAGCCUGGAACACGGCCACGAGGAAUCUCAGCAGUGAACUUGGGAAAAGGAAGUCUAGUGUGGUGUGUAUUUCUUUGCUUCCAGGAACUGUAAGCACUGAUUUAUCAAAACCUUAUCACAAGAACUUUCUUACUCAUAAACUUUUCAUCCCAGAAUUCUCAAUAAAUCAUCUGUUGGAUAUUAUUGAGAACAUAGACAUGGGGAAGACUGGAAGAUCCAUCCCAUCUUUACUUGGGAUGGAUCUGUACUAAGUAAAAUUUCGUUUAUGGAGGCAGCCAGUGUUGUAUCGAUAAGAAUAUAAAUGCCUUGAGAGAUUUGUGCUUUAUAGAGUUAUUUUUGGUGUAGCUUAUUUUGGAGGAUCCGAGAGAUAAUGGAAUUGAGUCCUACCUUUACUAAUGGUAAGCUGUAUGUCUGAGCAAAUAACUUCAAAUUUUUCUUUCCUCGGACCACUAUUUGGUAAUUUGCAGUAACAAUACUUUCUUCACUGUGGACUUCUGUGAAACUAAAUAUAUUGGAUAUUACUGGCUGCACACAUUCCUGGUAGGCUGUAAUCAUUUGGAACAUUAGCUAGGUUCUGCUCAUAGAGCUUUCAAAUCAUUUCUCAAUUUCGACGAGCUUGCUUAUUAUCAGUUAACUUUAAAAAAAAAAGAAAGACGCCCCUGUUUCUUUUAAUUUAGCCUCUAAAUAGUGGUGGAAUUUAAAGUGGUAUUCUAGUAAUAUCAUGACUCUGAACUGCCCAGUAAUACCAAAAUGGUGGGGUCACUACUAGCCUUGUGCUCUGUCUGCCAUGGCGUGCACGAGCAUGACAGCACAGCUCAGCACUGCUAUGCACUGUUAUCUUUUAUACCCCCUGAAAAGUAUGUCCAGUUAUUAAGCUCAGAUCCCCUUUGCUCCCUCCUCUCUCCUGUAGCUACUUUUCAGAACAUUUCCAGAGAGUGCUAUUUACAUAGCUUCUCCACUUCGUUGGAGCAGAGGGAGGGGUGUGGAGGAGGAAUUGGCUUUAUUCUUCCCCCCUAGCAAAAUACUGGACCAGAGCUGCCACAGGUGUGGAAACAGUUGGAGGGAUGUGGCUGCACAGAAUGGACUGUGUUGGGUCAAGGCAUCCUGUGUUCUGGGAAGAAUGGAGGAGUAUGAGGAGGACCAAGUGCUAUCUUGCACCGCAAUCUUCAUUUCAGAUCACAGUCUUCUAGGGAGACAUCCCACCUCCUAGGAGCAUGCAGGCAGGGGUAGGGCACAGAGAUUCCUGUCCCCAACAAUAAUUCUCCAGAACUCCACUGACUCCUUGUCUGGUAACACUGCAGUAUAUGUAGGUAAGGUGAUAUUUUUUGCUAUUGUGAAAGAUUCAAAUGCUAUUAUUGCCCCACUACGUCCAAGUGCUUUGCAAAUAGGAGGGCUUGUAAGAGCCUGUACGUUAUAAUCUGGCCUCAUCCCAUCAUGAUCUGGGAUAUAAGUGGGAGGUGACAUAAAAGAAAUUACCAAAGCACGAACAAAAGACAAGGAGUACACAGCUUUGCUGAAGUUCCCCAUAAAAUAUUUUUUAAAAACAAUUAAUUUCAAAAGGCUCUGGCAACUUAUUAUUAUUAUUUUAAAUACUGCAGUUUGCAAGGUGAAAUCACAGUGCGGGUCUGAUCUGAUGAAACCAAAGCUAAUGCUGGUGCCUGCAUAUGAUGGAAACAGAACUCAGAUGACGAACUUGGGAACAUUGGCCUCAUAUUAGGCAAGUCUGUUGCUCACCCUCCCCUUUUCCCCUGACUCCCUUUGUCCCCUUUCUUCCUCUGUAUGAUUAACUCAUAUCAGAGUUCAGUGUCACCGGUUGCAGGGAACUCAGUCUCACUUGGCUAUACAUGCACCCUUGCCUAAAGAAGUCAGAUGUAACCUGCAUGCUAGACAUUCAUCACGCAAUGAAAUCAUGGAACAGUUUUAUCAUAGUGUUAUUAUUUUCAGUUGAGGCAAUGAAGAGGAAGGUUUGGCAAGUUUUAGAGAAGUGUUCAUGUUUCUCUAAUAUAAUUCUUAAACUGGUAGGGGAAAAUAACAUUAGAAGUUAUUCAAAUUCAUUGCUUGUAGCCAUACGUCGUUAUUCUAAAAAGUCGGCUGUUUGCUGGUUUAGCUGAAAGUAUUCCUGUACUGACACAAGAGAAUGUCUAAGAAAACUGCACUGAGUUUCUGUUCUCCUGAUUUUAUUCAGCUCUAAAUGUACUAGAGAACAGAUCAAACAACUAUUGACGUAGAGAAUAACAGAAAUUAUGUCAAACAAGGACUUCAAACGGUGUGUUUUGAGGUCAGUAACCUAAGCACCUAGAACUUUGAUCACGCUGGUAGCAACCAAAUGACAUAACCUUUGUGGAUGUACAUGUAAAGAUAAAUAGGUACCUCUUCACUGAAUUUUACAAACAGCAAAACAUUGGUGAAGUGAAAAUGUAUGUUUCCAAUAGGCUCAGGGAGCUUCAACAAAAGAAACUAAUACUGAUGAAUUAGCUUGCUGAAAUUGCAAGCAAGAUUUUUUUAAAACAUAAAUGGGUCCUGUUUUCAAUAUGCAGCAUGAAGGAGGAGUCUUUCCAGGGCCCUGCCAUAUCAAGUGGAAGACAGCAUGUUCUGUCUGAUGAAAUCGUUCCCGUGGUUUGGAAUGGACAUCGGAGGAACACUGGUUAAACUGGUCUACUUUGAACCUAAAGACAUUACUGCAGAAGAGGAACAGGAGGAGGUGGAAAACCUGAAAAGCAUUAGGAAAUACUUGACCUCCAAUACAGCUUAUGGUAAAACUGGCAUUCGUGAUGUCCAUCUUGAACUGAAAAAUUUGACUAUGUGUGGACGCAAAGGAAAUCUGCAUUUUAUCCGCUUCCCCAGCUGUGCCAUGCACAGAUUCAUACAGAUGGGUAGUGAAAAGAACUUCUCCAGUUUGCAUACUACACUGUGUGCCACAGGAGGUGGAGCUUACAAAUUUGAGGAGGACUUUAGAACGAUUGCUGAUCUGCAACUCCAUAAACUGGAUGAAUUGGACUGUUUGAUCCAGGGCCUGCUUUAUGUUGAUUCUGUUGGUUUCAAUGGCCAACCAGAGUGCUAUUAUUUUGAAAAUCCCACGGAUCCUGAACAGUGCCAGAAAAAGCCUUACUGCCUUGAUAAUCCAUAUCCUAUGUUGCUGGUUAACAUAGGCUCAGGGGUCAGCAUCCUAGCUGUGUAUUCUAAGGAUAACUAUAAGAGAGUCACAGGGUCCAGUCUUGGAGGUGGAACAUUCCUGGGCCUGUGCUGUUUGCUGACUGGCUGUGAGACAUUUGAAGAAGCAUUAGAAAUGGCUGCAAAAGGAGACAGCACCAAUGUGGAUAAGCUGGUGAAAGAUAUUUAUGGAGGAGAUUAUGAGCGAUUUGGCCUUCAAGGAUCUGCUGUAGCCUCAAGCUUUGGCCAUAUGAUGAGUAAAGAAAAGAGAGAUUCCAUCAGUAAAGAGGACUUGGCCAGAGCUACUUUGGUCACCAUCACCAACAACAUAGGUUCUAUUGCUCGCAUGUGUGCAUUGAAUGAGAACAUCGACAAGGUGGUAUUUGUUGGAAACUUUCUCAGAAUUAAUAUGGUUUCUAUGAAGGUGCUAGCAUAUGCUAUGGAUUAUUGGUCCAAGGGACAGCUGAAAGCUCUAUUUUUGGAACAUGAGGGUUAUUUUGGAGCUGUUGGGGCUCUUCUAGAAUUGCUUAAAAUGACAGAUGAUCAGUGAUAAAGCUGAUCAAAGAGAUCACUACUGCAGAUGCUGCUGGAUGAGAGUGAAAGCCACUACAAGGAUGGAAAUGAAGCCAUUAUGGUAGUUCUACCUGCUGGAUUUGUAAAUAAUUUAAAAUCCUUUUAGCUGAUCUUUAACUUCUGGGUUUUGAGCUUAUACUUCAAAAUUCAUACUGGGAAUAACAAGAUUUUUUUCUGUACACUGUCUUUUUUAAGGGGAAAUAUGUGCAACGUGGCCAAACAUACAGAUUUUAUGGAUUUAUUUUAAAAGGUGGAUACUGUUUAAUGUAGGACCUGUACUAUGAGGCAUCUGCUUUUCUUCUGGGGUUUACUGAUUAGUGUGGUAAUUUUAACUUCAUUUAGUAAUCACUCUAGGAGAUUUUUUUAUCUUAUAUUUUCAUGACGUUUCAUGAUUUGUUCUUGGUUUCAAAUGAAACUGCAAAGCUGAUGCGUUUUACUGUGAAAACUAGUUAUUGAUUUGUUGCCUUUCCUUUGUUAGAUGAGACACCUUUCCCCUCCCUCCCCCCCCAAGCAAAAAAGAUGUCAAGCUUUCUGUGACUGUGGGUUUCUUCUGGCAAGGCUGCAAGAAAACCUGAGUGGGAGGCAUUUAAAAUCCUAAUUUUUCAGUAGUCAUGUGACUUAAGAACAGGAACAGGCUGCUAAUUGCUUUUGCAGUAUUAAUUCUCAUUUAUAUUAUUGAAAACUUUAAACAAGAUGGAAACUAAAACUUUAAUUAUUGGGUCGACACUAAAAUGAAAUCUUGUUUCUAUUGAAAAUCUCUCAUCUAUGUAAAAAGUUCUGUAGCACAGAUGUUAUUUAUAUGGUACAUGCUUGGUAUUAGAUGACAAAGGGAGACUGCUUCCAUUUAUUUGAAGACUUCUCUGUAGUCUGCAGUUUUUAACUUCAUCUUAAUCAAAAACAACUGAUAACUGCAUUAUUCAAAUCAAUGAUUUCUAAAAUUGGAAAAAUACAGUCAUGUAUUUUCUGUUUUUAAGCUAAUGUUAAUUUUUCCUCCACUUAGUGCCCCCAAGGGCACUAAGGUUUGAGUAUUUAUUCCAAUACAUUAUUUUCAACACUUUUUUUGAUUUGUGGACCUCUGGAUUUUUCCAGUUUAAUCGAGACCCAUUGGAAAUCUAUAUGCUUAGGUUGCUUCUUUAUAGCAUGUAUCAACUUGCUCUUCUUAGACACCUCAAAGGCUCACAAAUCAGAGGCUGAAAACCAAUCUGUAAAUGAUUCUGUCUUGCAGACCUGUAUGUGGUGUCACAUAAUGUUAAGGGCUCAUCAGAGGAACAGUAUAAAAUUCACACACAUGUAUUAUCCAAUAUAUUUUUUGAAGGGUGGUGAUUUCGUUUCUGGAUUAGUCAUUAAUUUCCAUAUCUCCCAAAUGUUGAAGUAAAUUCAUAUUAACCGAAGUGUUAACUUGUCUGACAGAAAUAAAAACCACUACCGUUUGAAGGUU